AAGAAAUAGCAAAGGGUACUGGGACUUCGUCUCUGGGCGGGAGAAAAGAGAAAAAGUACGAUUGGUUAAGGCCUAGGGUUUCAAAACUCCACCAUCUUGGACACCGUACUCCCCCCUUCCGCUUCAUUUUACUAACUGUACACAUUUUCACUGCGAUUUUCUUCAGUUUUUUUUUUCUGCAAAAUCGAAUGGGAAUUAAGGGUUUAACGAAGCUGCUGGCGGAUAAUGCACCAAAGUCGAUGAAAGAGCAGAAAUUCGAGAGCUAUUUCGGCCGAAAAAUUGCUAUCGAUGCCAGUAUGAGCAUAUACCAAUUUCUUAUUGUUGUUGGAAGAACCGGCAAUGAAAUGCUCACCAAUGAAGCUGGUGAAGUGACUAGCCAUUUGCAAGGGAUGUUUUCGAGAACAAUCAGACUUUUGGAAGCUGGAAUUAAGCCAGUUUAUGUAUUCGAUGGAAAGCCUCCUGAUCUGAAGAGACAAGAACUUGCAAAACGAUAUUCGAAAAGGGCUGAUGCCACUGAGGACUUAAACGAUGCUUUAGAGGCUGGCAAUAAGGAGGAUAUCGAAAAAUUUAGUAAAAGAACAGUGAAGGUCACCAAACAACACAACGAUGAUUGCAAAAAGCUUCUUAGACUUAUGGGAGUACCUGUGGUUGAGGCUCCUUCUGAAGCGGAAGCACAAUGUGCUGCACUUUGCAAAGAAAAUAAGGUUUAUGCUGUGGCCUCUGAAGACAUGGAUUCUCUCACUUUUGGAGCGUCAAGGUUUCUCCGCCAUCUAAUGGAUCCUAGUUCGAAAAAAAUCCCAGUGAUGGAAUUCGAAGUCGCAAAGGUCUUGGAGGAAUUGGACCUUACAAUGGACCAAUUUAUAGACCUUUGCAUUCUCUCCGGUUGUGAUUAUUGCGACAGCAUUAGAGGUAUCGGGGGACUGACUGCUUUGAAGCUGAUUCGCCAACAUGGCUCUAUCGAGAAAAUUUUGGAGAAUCUUAAUAAAGAAAGAUACCAAAUACCAGAUGAUUGGCCGUAUCAAGAGGCUCGAAAGCUCUUUAAAGAACCAUCGGUUUUGACUAAUGAUGAUCAAAUUGAGCUCAAGUGGUCUCCUCCAGAUGAAGAAGGACUGAUUACCUUUUUGGUAAAUGAAAACGGGUUCAAUAGUGACAGAAUAACUAAGGCAAUAGAAAAGAUUAAGGCAGCCAAGAACAAAUCGUCUCAAGGAAGGUUGGAAUCGUUCUUUAAACCAGCUCCUAAUGCAUCAGUACCGGUUAAACGGAAGGAGACAACUCAAAAAGCCAUGAAGGAACCGGCUAGCAAAAAGGCCAAGGGUGGUGCCGGUAAGAAGAAGAAGUAGUUGCUGUCUUCAACUGGCAGUGUGAGUUCUUGUAAAGCUUGACUUGAUUUGUCUAAUCGUGUAGUAAGUCGACUUUUUACAAUUUGUUUCCUAUGAUCCAAUUGAAGGGGAGUGGCGAUUUAGGAAUCAGUCCUUUUUAGCCUAUUUUAAUUAUGUGUUUGUGGAACUGAGGGUGAAGAAGCUUAAUCCAUUUUGUCUA